UGGUCUUCUUUGUUUCUUCCAUGAAAAAAAGGAAGCCCUAGGCCCAAUAAUUUGGUUCUUUUCCACCAUUGUUUUCUCUGUUUCUCCCUGUGGCAGCCAUACCCGAACUCCCUCGCCUAUCAUAUUUCAUUUCUUCUUCUCCUUCUCCUUCUCCAUUGCUGCAUAUAGCUCCAUCCCAAGGUCUGUUCUAUUUUUCUUCGCUUUCUUACGUUAUUAUUAUUAUUUUCUUUUUAUUCUUUACAAUCCUCUUUCUUCAUUAUUCUUGCCCAUUUUUCUUCCUUAGCUCCCUAUCAUUAAUCUCAUCUUCUUCCUCUUCUCUCUCUUUUCCAUCUAUAAUUCAACAAUCUUCCCCAAUUUUAUUUUCAAAUCUUGCCAGAUUAAGUUUCGUGUCUUGUGGGGUUCAUACGUUCGCCAAUCCUUAAGUAUCCACAAUUCUUUUUCUUUUUUCUAGCUCUAGCGGCUUUAACGAUUCUGGACGUGUUGUCAGGGCCAGCCACUUAAUCAUGGCUGCAAAAAUUCUUGCCAAUUUAAUUGUUAUGGGCUCUGGGAUACUUGCGAGGGCCUUUGUUCAAGCCUACCGUCAAGCCCUUGCAAAUGCUUCAAAGUCCGGUGUUGCUCAAGAAACAAUGCAAAACACUGUUCGUAGAGCAAGCAAAGUGAUGACAGAGCAAGAAGCGAGGCAGAUUCUUGGUGUCACCGAGGAAACACCUUGGGAAGAAGUUGUAAAGAAAUAUGACGCCUUGUUUGAAAGGAAUGCUCAAACUGGGAGCUUUUAUCUUCAGUCAAAAGUUCACAGAGCCAAGGAACGAUUAGAAACUCUCUAUCAGAACAAAGGUCAGGAUGCCCCUAGCUGAGUGUUUUGAGGAAUGUGCUAGUUUUGAACAUUUUACUGAUCUUGUAUAAUUUUUAUUUUGAUUAUGGUUGGCAAGGCAUGAAUGAUGAAAUUGGUGCCGUCUUUGUUUUUUUUUUUAUACAUAUCAUUUCUUUUAUAAUUAAAGGUAGGUUCUUGGAGGUAAUAUGUAAAGUAUCAUUUGGAGAAUUUGCAUAUAUUGCAAUAUUAACACAAAAUAAUAGUAAAUUUAGAUCAA